GUCAGCGGUAGAGUUACCAUCGUGUUUAUUUUUUCUCUUAAAAUUUUUUCCACCUUUAGUUUGUUUCGCUUUUGGGCAUUGGGUGCGCGCAUUUUCAGAUGAUUUAUUAGCUAUAUUUUGACUGCUUUGCAUAGUUCGAAAGACAACAAGAGUAAAAGCGGUGCGCGUUUGCGUGUGUUUGUGUGAUCAUAGAUACUACGGAUGCUGUGGGCCCCGAAAUCGAUCGGGUUACGACCGCGGUUCGUACCGAAAGGAAUGUGCACGCGUACGAGAGUCUGUUGAAGAGCUGGAAUCGAUCGUCGAACCGAGGAAGAGGCGUGCGGAGAUCCGAUAGAUAUCGGAAACAUAAUCUCGAAAGUAAAAGUGAUUAACGAGUUGUUUUGAGUCGCUAUGGAUUAGCGAUUCGGAAACUGGUAGUAGUAGUACCUAAUAGAAGUAAUAGUAGGUGAAGCUGGAUAGCAGUUAAGUGUGCGUGUGAUUGAGUAAAACAAAAAUAAUGUGAAAUAUUGUCUCUCGAAACGAUUUUACUCAAUUUAGCGUGUAUUGUGUGACGGUGAAAGGAAAAAGUUGAACGUAAUCCUUCGAUGUGACCUUUCGACAUUUCCGCCAAGGCAAAGAAUGAAUUAGCGGCUUCGAUUCGGAUACCGUCUCAGCCAACCUGUCUAAACUGUGUGUCAGUGAAGAAAAAAAUGUUAUCAAGUUUGACGUGCGUCAUGCGUUAAACACAGUGGUGGAAUCGAACGACUGCAAGCUACACUUGGGAAUUCAUUUGUUUUGACAUCGGAAAGUUCAAACGAUUUUCGCGGAAGUUUACCCGGCCGUCAAAAUGUGCAGCAAAAACAACUUCGAAGUUUUGAUGGAGAAAAUCAAUACGGGUAUUCCGACUUGCCCGAUUACUUUGGACACAAUCCGAACUCGGUUGCCGGAUAUUGGCAGCUGGCGGUUGCCACACGUAUGCAAGGAAGCGGUCACUACCAACAACAACAACAGCAGCAGUAACAACAAUAACAAUCCCAGCACUUGUGGAAACGGCGGUCUCGAGGGCGGAACCACCGGUAACUACAGUACCAACCUUACGACGGCGGCAUCGGACGCGUUCUACCAGCCCCAGUCGCUGGGGGCGCUGUCCACCGUGACGGCAUCGACCACCGUCACCAGCUGUGGAUCGGCGACGGGAACAGCGACCACUCAGCAGCCCCUGCCGCAGCAGCAUUUCCAUCAAUUGGUAGCACAUCAGCAACAGCAGCAGCACCAUCAGACCAGCCUACAUAAGUUCUACAAGGCGCACAAGAAGAUGCCGGCUUUCCGCGGACGGAGAGGCUGGUGUGGGUGUUUGCAGGAUGACGAACCGCCCGAAAUCUGCGUCGUCGAGGGUGUCUUCUCGCUGCAAACCCUCACACCCACCCAGCCGAUGCCAGCAAUGGACGAGCUGGACAGUAAGUUUGCCGAACUCGUGGAGGAACUCGAUCUCACCGCACCAAACAAGGCCGCGAUGCUCGGUCUGCCGCCGCAGAAAAAGUGGCAAAUCUACUGCUCAAGAAAGAGCCCACUGGAUGCGACCGGCCCGAAUGGGGCACCGCUACCGGGAGCCACAAUGCCUCCCACUUCCGAACACUACAUCGAACGGCUGAAGGAUAUGGCCGUACAGCUGAAGGCAUCCGCGCCGGAUGAUUCGCCCUCGCAUGAGUACAGUCCGAAAAUUGAAUCUCACACGGCCCUCUUCGAUGCGCUGAAGACGGCCCUGCGAACCUCAGCGCACAGUUUUGUUAUAAGGUUCAUUGAACUGCAGGGUUUACCGGCACUGCUGGAGCUCCUGCAAGCUCUGGACAUCCGAGUGGCCAACAGCCCACUGCACACUAGUCUGAUCGGGUGCAUCAAGGCGUUGAUGAACAACUCGACUGGUCGUUCGCACGUUCUAGCACAUCCCACCGGCAUCGACACGAUUGCCCGUUCGUUGGCGGCAGACAACAUCAAGACUAAGAUUGCCGCGCUGGAAAUUCUCGGUGCCGUCUGCCUCGUUCCAGGUGGCCACAAAAAGGUCCUGACGGCAAUGCUCAACUACCAGGAGUACGCUGCCGAACGUGUCCGGUUUCAAGGCAUUGUAAACGAUCUCGACAAAUCGACCGGAGCGUACAGGGACGACGUGAAUCUCAAAACAGCCAUCAUGUCCUUCAUCAAUGCCGUACUGAACUACGGUCCGGGACAGGAGAAUCUCGAAUUUAGGUUGCAUCUGCGUUACGAGUUUUUGAUGCUCGGUAUUCAACCGGUGAUUGACAAACUGCGGAAGCACGAGAACGAAACGUUAAAUCGACAUUUGGAUUUCUUCGAGAUGGUGAGAAACGAAGACGAGAAGGAGCUUGCGAGAAAGUUUGGCCAUGAGCACGUUGAUACGAAAAGCGCGAACGCCAUGUUCGAUCUGCUCAGGCGAAAAUUGAGUCACUCGACAGCGUAUCCUCAUUUGCUAAGCCUUUUACAGCACAUGUUGAUGCUUCCACACACGGGGCCAAACGCACAACACUGGUUGAUGUUCGAUCGGGUGGUCCAGCAGAUCGUUCUGCAGCAAGAAGAACGUCCUCCCAGUGAAAUUGAUCCCGACCAAGACAAAACUUCGGAGUUAUCUUUAAAGAUUCAAGACCCAGAUAUAGCACCAUUAAAAAUCGAUGUCAAGAAAAUAGUCAAACUUUUAGUCAAAGAAGAAGAAUUGGUUGCCGCACGGACGCGCGCCGAAGAUUUGGAACGAGAAAACUGCGAAAUCAACGGUAAGCUGGCCAAAAAAGAGCAGGAACUCGACCUGCGAACGCAGGAAAAAGAAGAUCUGGAAACUUCGCUCGCUCGUAUGCGAGAACGACUCGAGAAGGAAAGCUCAAACCACUCGCAAGCCGUACAGCGUGCGUUGAAUGCUGAAAUGCGUGUCGAAGAUCUCCAGCAUCGGUAUGUAAGUGAACAGCAGGAACGGGUUCGUCUGGAGCGCCUAGUCACCGAAGGAAGCAUUCCGGACGAUCAAAAAGUCGCUGGUCUGCAAGGCUGCAAUGGUCAGGUUUCCCCUCCUCCGCCACCUCCCCCGUGUAAACUUCCUCCUCCACCGCCACCGAUGAUGGCCCCUCCACGGCCACCACCAGCUCCGGGUGGUAUGCCAAAGGUCGCAAACCAUAACGUUUCCAGUCAACCAGCACCACCGAAAGCGGAAGCUCCCAAGAAGAAUGUCCCCCAGCCAGCCAAUCCACUGAAGAGCUUCAACUGGUCCAAACUGCCCGACAGUAAGCUGCAAGGAACUGUCUGGAGUGAGUUGGACGAUAGCAAGUGGUACAACAGCAUCGAACUAGAAUCGAUCGAUAAGUUGUUCUCGGCUUACCAGAAAAAUGGCGUUGCGUAUAAUUUCCCGUUCCAGAACGAUGGUUCCAUCGAGGAUCUUCGUUUGAUCGGCAAGAACAAGGCGAAAAUUCUGUCGGUGAUUGACGGCCGGCGGGCGCAGAACUGCACAAUUCUUCUCAGCAAGCUGAAGAUGACGGAUGAGGAGAUCUCAAAGGCCAUUUUGUCGAUGGAUUCGAACGAGCAACUACCGAUUGACAUGGUUGAGCAGCUGCUUAAAUUUACGCCAUCGGCCGAGGAGCGUGCCCUGCUGGACGAACAUUCCGAGGAUAUUGAUUCGCUAGCAAGAGCGGAUCGGUUUCUGUACGAAAUUUCGAAAAUACCUCACUACGAACAAAGACUGCGGAGUCUGCACUAUAAGAAGCGCUUCCAGGUGACGGUGAACGACUUGUCACCACGGAUUGCCAAUGUGAUGGAAGCAUCACGAGAGGUAGCCCGCUCGCGUCGUCUUCGCAAGCUAUUAGAGCUAGUGCUGGCGUUAGGAAACUACAUGAACCGUGGUGCCCGUGGUAAUGCUUCCGGUUUUCGGCUCGCCUCGCUGAAUCGACUGGCGGAUACGAAGAGCAGUGCCGCCAAGGGGACUACACUUUUGCACUAUCUGGUACAGAUUAUCGAGAAGAAGUUUAAGGAUAUUCUGCUGCUAGAGGAAGACCUCCCGCACGUGAAGGAAGCGUCCAAGGUUUCACUCGGUGAAAUGGAUAAAGACAUAUCGAUGUUGCGGGCCGGUCUGGCGGAGGUGAAUCGAGAAAUCGAGUUUCACCGAAGCAGUGGCGUUCCGCAGUCUGGCGAUCGUUUCCUGCCGGUGAUGCGGGAAUUCCAUGCCCAAGCGUCGGUACGAUUCGCCGAGCUAGAGGAUCAGUUCCAAGAUAUGAAGACGAGGUUCGAUCGAGCGGUGCGAUUAUUCGGGGAGGAUGGUUCGGUUGUGCAACCAGACGAGUUUUUCGGAAUUUUCGACGGUUUCCUUUCGGCACUGAUUGAAGCCAAGCAGGAUAACGAGAAUUUCCGGCGUCGUCAAGAAGAAGAAGAGAAGCGAGCCAAACAAGAGGCGGAGCUGAAAAAACGCACCAUCGAACGCAAGUCCAAGGAAGGCUUGCUGAACUCAGUGGCCAAGAAUCUCGGUCUAAAGUCCUCGAAACCAUCGACCAACGGUAACUCGAACGGCGGCAGUCCGGUGGCCGAUCCGAACAACAAGGGCGAGUUUGACGAUUUAAUUUCCGCUCUUCGCACCGGUGACGUAUUCGGUGAAGAUAUGGCAAAAUUCAAACGCUCGCGUAAAACACGCCUCGGACCAAACAGCAACGGAAGCAACAAUACGUCCCCACCGCGAAGUCGGAACAGCAUCGGACGGGAGGACAGUCGCGAGCGGACCGGUGUGGUUGGCCCUAGGCGCCAGUAGAUGACAACGGGAGGUUGGUAAGUUUGCUGUUUUCGGUUUAUGUCGGACAGGUCAUUGCGAAACUUUAUGAUCUGGGUCGACUUUUGUGUAAAUUUGUAAAAGUGAAAGAGACCAAAAAUUGCGAGAGAAAGCGAAAAAUUUUAUGUAGGAAAAGCCACAACCACAACUGAUUGAUAGUAGAUAAAAUAAACUGUUCUGGUUAUACAUUUAGAGACUGUUUUUAACACACCGAGCAAAAGAAUAUAACACGUAAUAGAAAUUUUUUUAAACAUGUUUUACAACAGGCCACUUUGCAAACAGGCGUUUAAUAAUACAUACACACAGGUAACACACGGUUUAAAGGCCAAUGCCAAUAACAAACGAAACUGAUCGAUAUACAAUACAGAUACUGUUAAGAAAUCAUCCUUUGUAGCAAACCGUAAUAUCACACCAUCGUACAUAUUUUAGCGAGACAUUCUUAUGUUGUCAGAUGCAAUCAUUUUAGUUACCACUGAGUUUCCCCCGCAGAUGAAAGCAAUGCUUCCUAAUCAUGGUAUUACAUAGUUAGGCAUAGGAAAGCCCUGCAUAAAAUACGUACUACCCUUACGAGUCUUUUCUACUUGUUACCUUUGCCUUUCGGUGAUUGUUGUGAAAAAAAAAAACAAAAAGCAAAAUGUAAAUUUUUUCGUAUUUAUUUAACCUUACCCCAUAGUACUUCUACUUACUAAAAUAUAGUUUUAGGUGGUAAAACACAUACACGCAUAUCUUAAUCUUUUGUUUUUCUAAGUCCAUAGUUUCACUAUAAAAAUAUUUGCUUUCGAAAAUAGGCGUACUUUGUAUAUAACCCAGAAAUCGGUUAUCGAUAAUCGAUAGGAACGAUAAUCUCAGCAAAAUCGUGAAAAAAUGCAGUUCAUGUUGAUACGUUUUCCAAGGUAGACAAGUAAUGUUUCCUCGUUUUUUAACUGAAAGUAAAUCCCGUAGUUUAGCAAAAUGAAUCGCAAACCAGACCACAGAAGUUUUAAAUGUUUUAAUCGAGCAACCAGUAGCAUCACGCUCGGAAACUCCCCGCUCCCUCCAUAAUCAUGCUUUCCCCAUAUUAUAAAACUAGGACUAUAAUUGUCAUAAUAUUGCGCACAUUCCCACACCCGAAACAUACGAAUCGUAGUAAUCGACAAAUCGAUAUUGUGCAUCUAGAUGUUGCUUUGAACCGUACAGGAUCCCCCGGAAAGCUUAAUGACAUUCUCAUUACCCUGGCAAAAAACCGACCCUCAACGCUGCGAAAACAUGCUUUUAGAACAGCUACAGAAAAAAAUUCAAUCAUAUUCGAACUUAUUCGGGACUAUAACGAAAUAAUAAUUGAAACGUUUGGUAUUUGUGAUUCGCAACAAUCAGAACAACCAUCGAUUAAAUAGUGGUAGCGAGCCUCACCAAGUUGUGGAGGGAACAUUGAUAAAACAUAUACAUAAAAUGCUGUAUACAGUACUUACGAUGGGAAUGUCGAAUAAAAAUUGAUCGAUAAAAUAAAGAAACCUCUCAACGUU